AUGAGUGGUAUUGCAGUCAUGCGAUUAUUAGCAGAACGUAAAGCAUGGAGAAAAAAUCCUGCAUUUGGUUUUGUGGCUAAACCAGCCAAAAAUCAAGAUGGCUCAUUGAACCUUAUGGUUUGGGAAUGCUAUAUACCUGGAAAAAAGGAUACUCCUUGGGAAAAUGGAUCGUAUUUCUUACGUAUGACUUUCAAGGACGAUUAUCCAUCGAGUCCACCAAAAUGCAGAUUUGAGCCUCCAUUAUUUCACCCCAAUGUUUAUCCCUCCGGUACUGUGUGCUUAUCAAUAUUGGACGAAGAAAAAGAUUGGCGUCCAUCUAUUUCUAUUAAGCAGUUAUUGUUGGGGAUAAGAGAUCUUUUAAAUGAACCCAACAUCAGAGAUCCUGCCCAGGCUGAAGCCUAUCAUAUUUAUUGCGCAUACAGAACUUUUUCAAGCCAAAGUAAUAAACCUAGAAAAAUUGUAGCUAUUCUUGACUCCAAAGAACAUAAAUACAAGCUUAUAACUGAAGCAAGAAAACUAAAACUAAAUGCACAUAAUCUCAACACGGAAUGGGCAAGUGAAAAUAUCUACAUAAAUGAACAAAUGACACAAUCAAAUAUAUACAUCUUCUUAAAAGCCAGAUCAGCUGCACGUGAGUUAGGUUACAAGUUUAUUUGGUUUAAGAAUAGUAAAAUUUUUGUUAAAAAAGAUGAAACUUCUAAGGCUUUACUUAUUGGUGACGAAAAAGCUUUAUCAUUAAUUGUUUAA